AUGCGCCUUAGAUGUUCCGAUGAGGAAUUGUGGAGAGUCAGAGCCGCUUUCACCGGCCAUGACCAUCCAGAAAUCAAGGAUGACAGGAACUACCUUCAAGCCAUCUACGACGACGAAUGCAAUAUUCUUUGCGCUGUUGCUGCCCAGGCAGACAUAAUGGGAAAGAUCCUGGGCCUGAACGUUAAGAAUGACCUACUAUCAGCUAGGGGGGAAUCUUCUCAUCACCCUCAAUUCACCAGCUUGGUUGACCGCAACAGUUCUCAUACGUCCUCUGAUUUAGAUGGUGAUAACAGCAAUGAUACCAUGGACUCGGACAAUGACAAAGAAUCUGAAGACCACCAGCUUUUCAAUAGCUCCAAUGUUGAAUUUGAAACGAUCGACGUCGCUAUCAAUUGCCAUCUCUUUCUCCUGACCACCAUCUAUAUGCCGGCUAGCCAUCCUUCACAACAAACACAACAAAAGGGCAAGGCUGCCAUCCCUAAGCCAGCUAGAGGGUCGGGACUCAACCCAUCAGGACUUCCAGCUGCUGAUCAGCUCAAUAUCGUGGCUGAACAACCAACCAUGUCAGUGUUUGGUUUCAAUCCACAUCAAGAGGAUCAAGACAGCAUGCAGGAGGGCUGGCAAAGUGUAGGCCAAGAUCAACGCCCUUACGAUGACAUGUACACAUCUGGUGCCAGCAGGCAUCAAUUUUAUGACAACAUGUACGCAUCUGGCGCCAGCAGGGAUCAAUUCACGCAGUACGACAACAUGUAUGCAUCUGGAUCUACCACUCGAUUCCCACAACCCCAACCAUUUGGCGCUCAACUUGCCCAGCCCCAACUGUUCAGCGCUCAAUCCGCACAGCCCCAAUCCCAUCACUUCAAGCUGAUUCCACGCAGCCCUUCUACUCUUCAAGCGGUCAAGAUCAAUCUCAGAACACUGUUGCCGUCGUGGAUUGAGGAAGCCCCUGAUAGAGGAGUCAGUGUGAUAGACAGAGGCAACAGGUUCGUUCCUCCAGCUACCAAUCUAGCACUUAUCCAGCAAGGGGAGAUCACUCAAAACAAGGUCGUCCAUACAAGCAGGCCUGGCACGUACUACAAGAAAACAGAAUACCAGAGCUACUCUACCUGGAACACCAUACUUCAUCCUGCAAGCCCCCCACCCCAUCGCCAAAUGGCACACACACAUGACAUCACUGUCAACGACACUACCUGA